AGACCUGACAGGCCCGCUAGUUUGUGUAGUGGAUCGUAUUGUAAAGCUCUGUUUUACAAUGGUGAACGUGGAGAGAGGGGAAUGAAAGGUGGAGAUGGAGGAAAUGCUGGCAAACCCGGUAAGAAAUAAUGAUAUAACGCUAUCGUCCAGCAAUUCGAAACAAUACCUAUAGUGCUGAUUAGACUCAGCCCAAGCUGGACAGGUUAAAUGCCAUAGUUAACGCUGCGAGGGGGUGGAUGGGACAUAAGAAAAGCGUACGAAACACCCCGGGGCUUGGGACUCCUGGGACGGCAACAACAACAAUAAUCGAUACGGUCACUCGUUUCAUCUUUUUUUUUACUGCGCUUUUCACAAACAUGCGAACUCUUAAGUUCAUAAGCCGCAUUCACAAUUGCGUUUUUCGCUGCCGUCAAUCAUAAUUACGAUCACAAGCAACGAACCUUGAAACACAGAAAUACACAAAACAGAUCGAAAUACACCAAUCAAAAAUCACAAACCAUGACCUUUUGAACCCGUUAAAGUAAAGUUUUGUUUCCUAAGAGGUCCGCUAAGAUGAUUGACGGCAGCGAAAAACGCAAUUGUCAGUUGGCUUUUGAACUUCACAAUUCGCAUGUUUGUGAAAAGAGCAGUAAUGUUUGAUAUGGAUGACGUAUUACUUCAUUAAGACGCCACAGCGUAUUUUCAUUCUUCUGUCUGUUGGCCAACUGUGUCAUCAGGAGCAUUUCAUGAUCUCCUCGAGCUACAUGUGGCCGGCACUUUUUAUCAGUUUGAGCUCAAACUUUGCAGGAUGGUAGAACUUUGAAUUCCAAAAAAUGUUUUUUUUGUUUUUCGAUUUUAACGUUUUUUGGCUGGAAAAUGAAUUUUUAAAGGGCAUGACGCGGUAGACACAAAUGAAGAAAAAAUUUUUGAAAAAGCACAAAUAGCAUCUUGAAAUGUACUUAUGUUUCUAAAAACAGGAACAAAAUGGCAGGAAAUUCAAAAAUCAGAGCUUAAUACUAUUAAACCAAAUGAGCUUUUCAAAUUUUUUUUUCACAUUUUAUUCUAUCGCGUCGUGCUCUUUUUAAAUAACUUAAUUGUUUUGCCAUAUCUUGAAAUUUUAAUUUUGCUGUCAAUCUUCUGACGUCAUUUUCCCAGCAAAAAAAAAAACAAUAAAAUCGAAAAACAAAAAAACAUGGGAUUUUUUGGAAUACAAAGUUCUACCAUCCUGCAAAGUUUAAGCUCAAGCGAAUAAAAAAUGCAAAAGUAGUUCCUAGGAUGCGCUUUUAGGCGUCCUAUAUGUCCACCGUAACACUUUAGCUAAAAUGGANAUCGAAAAACAAAAAAACAUGGGAUUUUUUGGAAUACAAAGUUCUACCAUCCUGCAAAGUUUAAGCUCAAGCGAAUAAAAAAUGCAAAAGUAGUUCCUAGGAUGCGCUUUUAGGCGUCCUAUAUGUCCACCGUAACACUUUAGCUAAAAUGGAGACGAUGGAUGGACGAUUCCACAUCAAGAGAGAAAUUCUCUCUUGUACAUAGGCGGUCACGUGAACAAACAAAAUUUCACAUGGAGCGAUAACCAGUUUUUGUACAAAAAAAAAAACAAUCGCUGGCGACUUGCACACUCGUCUUCUUCGUUCAUUAUCUGUCACCUCCAUUUAGUUCAGAGACAGUCAGAAAAGAGGAAUAAACAUUUUGUUUUAAUUUUUUUCAGGGAAUGGCGGAGAUGCUGGUAGGAUAAAUUUUCGAGCCCGACAUAUCAAUGGAGAAGUCAGGCUUUCUGUUUGCAGGGGACAUGAAGCAGAGGCAGCAUUAAAUGGACGAGCGGGGCCUGGUAAGUUAGCCGGAACACUUGGUAAUAAAGAGCUUAAGCAAAGCCGUUUUUGAGCGACGCACGUCAAGGACCUUCGCAUUCUUACAUGGACAGUGACCGGUUUUGCCCAAAUUUUCAGUGAAAAUACAAUGUAGUCUAUACAUUCAAGAGAUAGGAUACUAGGCAAUACAAAUUGGUAGGGUGUAGGCAUACUAAAAGGUCUAAGUGGAGAAAGGCCUCACUUUCGGUUGACGUGCGUCGCUCAAGAGUGGAUAAAAAGGAUACAUGCCUCCGACUUCCGGUUGACGUGCGCAAAAAAAUCAAUUUUUAGAGAGUCAUUUCUCCAUAUAGGCUCCGUCCCUAAGUAAUGUAAUAUCUUUCAAGUUAUCUAAGUAAAUAAUCACCGGAAAUUUCAAACAACUUUUGACGUUUCAAACGUUUACAGCUAUACAUAAAUUCUCUCAAGAAUUUUUUUUACCCACGUGGUCCUCGACAAAGCCGAAUGGCUGAUAAGUAAGUUGCAUCACACUUAAAUUCUGACGUAAGAGCUAACACCUCACUUUCAGAUCAGUCAACUGCUCCUAAUUUAAUGCACCACACGUUGGAAUUUCCUCUGACGUUGAGUUCUUGGCAACAAAGGCCCCUGAAGAAGGAGACUGUUCAGAGCCACCUUAAAAUUUUGCAAAACUCAAAAUAACUCUGAACCCGCUGAAUAGAUUGAUACAUUACGUACCGAUUGCAAUUCAGAAAUAAAAAUUUGGUUCACUGACUAUUUUAUGACUGACUUACACUUAAAGCGUGUUUUAACAAGUUAUAUGGUUUCAGUGUGGUCUAAAUUGAAUUCGAUGGGGACAGACGGUAAAUUGUUAUUGUCGGAAAUGUCUAUAAGCUAUAAGUCGUAACCGUUCAUCAGCUGGAUGCCUAAAAUAUUUUCGUAUUAACAAUUCAUUUGAUUUUACUUCAACUGAUCAGAGGCACACCCUAGAUCUUGGUAGUGAUACGCGUCAUUAUGGAAUUAUUGUACUUAUUCCUCAGACUUCAAUUCGAGGUGAAACUAGCGUCCCAAAAUGUCCGCUGUUUUCUCAGGCUGUUGUUUCAUUAAGCAUUGAAACGUUAAUUUAAAAUUUGUAACUUCUAAUAGAUAAAAAUCGAUUUCAAACGUGCUGCAAAUUUCCUUUUCUUUUCUGUGUCUAGGUAGUGAAGGUGGCUUGGGAGGAAGAGGAAGGAUUUGUGAACUUCUUGACGAUUUAAUAACGUUUUCAAGGUGCUUUCCUUUGAAACUAACCGAAAGAGCUCCACAAGGACCACCUGGACCACCAGGAGAGAAGGGAAAAAGUAUGAAGAGAAAAUCAUUUACUGAGAACAAUGCUUAUUUGUGAUAUGUUAAUAUACCUACCAACUCAAUAGCGUUUUCCGAUUGGACGAUAGCAAGUCACGUGCCAUGCGGAUCAGCCAGUCGUGCCCUGCAAAUAUUUUGUAGCAGUCAUGGCUAAUUUGGCUCAUAAGUUUACAAUUUGUUUUAUUGUUGAUCAUGAGUAGGAACGGGAGCCCAUUGCUUAGUUGAGAAGUACAGACUAACCCCAGGGAAAGAGUUAGCUUUGUUUCUUGUCUAAGCUUGAUAUACCCCUCCGGCAGUCGCGUUGUUGUUCCUCAUUUGCACCCGAUUUAUCUAUUUAUUUUUAUUGCACUGUAUUGCAAUGUCUAGCAGAAAUAACUUACAAUAACAGCCUAUAACCCAAAACGAGCAACUUCCUUACACUCAUGUCAGGACUUUUUCACCAACCAGGUUAUUUUUAGAACAAAAUUUUGCGCCAAUUUAGACUAUCUUUUAUAUCGCACAAACCAUUCAGCAAACCCUACUGGCCUUAAAACGGUAAUUUUUUUAACUUUCAGUGACGUUUAGUUUUCAUUUUUCAUGUCUUAUAUUUCGAAUGAGCUCAUAGACAGAGUCGACCUUCUAUUUUCAAGGGGUAAAAGUCCUCUUAAACGUAUCUAAAAUAAUUGGUCAGUGGAAACGCCCUGACAUACUCUCUGUAUACAAAUUUCCCCCUCCAGGUUAUGGGCUCUUGUGUAUAACUAUAAUAACUGUAAACAGGAGCCCAUCCUGCUGUAAAUAACUACUAGCAAUAACCAAAGGAUACGGAAUGUGCGCUAAAGUAAUGAUAGACGGCCAAAACGCUCCUGCUCUAAAGUUAAGUGCAAACGGACGUAAACGACUCCCACCACGGUUGGGAGUUGUUGGUCAGCAAUGUUGCUUCCGUUUGCACGGUGCUUGACGCUGUGCUUUGGGCAAGUUUCAAGUGAUAGAUGACCUGAAAACACGUGAUCAAAUUACGAGCGUCAGGAAGUCCCGCGUGAUCAGUUUGCGUUCUAUGAGUUCCAUUCAUUCUUAGUGGAAGUCCAAAGGAAGCUGGCUAACACCUGUCGUGCAUGCGUAAUAGCAACCUAGAGAUUAGGAUUGCGGGCUCCCCUUGUCGCCCGCAAUAAAUCGCUUGGGCUUCCUGUGGCUAUUCGUAAGAUGUUCUAAGGCAAUCCGUAUGAAACCAUUUGCACUAAAACUGUUUAAGUAAAAUUUAUUUUUUCAGUUUAAAUUACUUCGUCCUUCAGAGCUUUAGAGCUAGUGAACUGUUUAGAAGAAAACGAAUCUUUAUCAAGUGAUGGAGUUAGACAUUUUGUCGCGUGAUUUGUUCUGUGAAUCACUUGACAAAACGUCUCGAUAGAUGGCGGGGUGCUCGUGACCAGCGUCCCUGUUUAACGUUGGAGCCCGACAAAAUAUUCUAUGGCCACCCUGACUGGCCACUCCUGUGGAACGUGUCCUCUUCUCUCGCAAGAGUCGAAGCAGGGUUGAUAUCCAAGGUGCAUGUGGCCUGAACAUCUGAAGUGAUCCACCACUGCCGUUGUUGACGCUGUUGUUAUUACAAUGUGUUCCUUGAAUCUCACUCCAGAACUUCUAGCUUCCUCCCCAAUGUAGAAAUCAUCACAGCCUUCGAACUGAAUUUCGUACUAUAUACCACCCCACAUUUCUGUUUCCUGGGUGUCGGAUCUCUCUAUCCAGUAAAUUGAAUCUUCUUUUUAUCAGGUUUCAAAUACAGUCCUUGUGACAGGAUAAAUCAACUUUUUCUUCGCUAAUAAGUAAACUAUUUGCGAUGUAUUUUCUAGCUCCGUCGGUAAGUGGUAAAGAUGGUCGUUUAGAAAAGGUUUUCAUAACUGGCUAUAGAUGGGACGCAGAGAGCAAGAGAAACUUUCCACUUACAGCUAUAAACAUCAUUAGGAGACACGCUGAAAACUUGUUGCUUAGCAACAGUGAUAGUAGAGACGGCAAAGAGUCAUUGGAGUUUAUUCUAACCUUGGCAAGCAGAAGACGAAACAUGGAGUCGAUGAAACAUGGUAAGAAAUGCUGUCAUACAUUUUAAAAUAGCUAAGGUCGGAAAGUAAUAUCUCAUGGGGAAACGUAUCUUCCUCUCUCGUACAAAGUUGCAGUUUGUGUCCUUUUCUUCAGUUAUAUUUAGGUCGUAUUCAUCUCCUUUUCUUUCUUUCUCUUCUUCUACUUAUUCUUCUUUUUCUUUCUCUUUUUGUUAUUCUUCUUUGCAAUUCCUCUUUUUGGUAAUUCUUCGUCGCAAUAAUUUUUCGAAUCCGGGACCACAACCACUACAUGCAUUACAUCGCCGCCAACAUCAAUCCCCUGAAAAACUUGCGGGAAAGAUCUGCAAAGACAGUUGAGUCGAAAAAUAUAUCGUUCAAAUUUAUUGACGUAAUUCUAAGACUUUCUUUCUGCUAGAUAGUAAUAAAUCGGAUUUGGUAUUGAAUAAUAUAGAUGACUGGAAAUGUUAUUAAAAAUCAGUGCAAGCAAUAUUUUUUUUGUCUCUUUCUUUCAGUGAUAAGACGAAAACUUGGUUUUCUGGGCAAAGAAGGUUACGAUAUUUUUGGAAAUAACAAAAUGUUUGCACCUCGCAUCAAGUGGCAGUCCCUUGAAGACACGGUAGAACACAUGAAAAAUUCAGCUGAAAGUUACGAAAUUGCUUUCAACAAUAUCAUGUCUAUAGAGCAGAGUAGCCAGGAUUAUAAACAGGUCAGUACUCCUUACCACCGUAACUGUUUAACUGUUUGGGAAUCUAUGUUUUUGACAUAUUUUGAAAUGCUGAGAUCUAACCACAAUUAACAAUGGGACGAAUUUACAGAGAUGGGUCCAGGAAUACUCUUUCCGUUUUGCCGAUCGACUUUGUGACGAGCGUCAGCCCAGGGCCCUGUUUCUUGAAGGUCCUGGUAGGUUUUCGGGCCCGGAAAGCUAAUUUUUGUUCGCCGAAUUUGCAUUCAGGAUCAAAGUUUCAAUAAUUUUUACAAUGAUACAAUGAAACUAUCAGUUAAUGAAGCAAAAUUAACUGGUUUGUGCUCUAGGAACUGCUAUUCAACAGGUUUUGAAUUUAAACAGUUUGCCCUCGGGCCCGAAAAGUUUCUGGAGCUUUCGAGAAACGAGCCCCAGGCCCGUUGAUGUCGAUGAGAUAUCCGACCAGCAUACUGAGCUAGGUCUCGUUGGUCUUGUGUCGCCUGCAUGCAUGGCAGAGGUAAAAACGGGGGAGAGGGAAAGGGAGAAAAGUGCGCAAAGGAAAAGAGAAAGGGAGCGCCUGCUAUUAGAGGCAGUGUAGUGUUCCACUCAGGCGCUCUUUUGUAGUGAAGGUUUCAUCACGCGCGAACCUACGUUCUAUUGCUUUCUCAUCCAGCCCACAAAUUUCCAAACUCCUUUCCUUGUCUUCUCAAUUCCCGCUCCUCUUUUCCCUCCCUUCUCAAUCCCAGCUCCUCCUUUCUCUCGUUCACACUCUCCUUUGUAAGGUAAUCCAAGUCUUGGAUUCUAGAUUCCACGCCGUGGAUUCCGGAUUUCAGGUAUAUCAAAUUCCGGAUUCUUUGUCAGAGAAUUCUGGAUUGCUUGAGCUGUAAUCCGGAGCUGUAAUCCGGAUCAGCCUAAGAUUCCGGAUCCCCACUCCACUGUUGACCGCAAAUCAUAUUUGAGUGGUUCUUUUAGUGAUAGUUUCUUUGCCACACCUACUACCACUGAUGAAAUUAUCAAUAUAGUGUCCUCUCUGAAGAGUAGUAACAGUGAGGGAGUGGACGGUAUUAAUGUUAAUGUGAUUAAAGCAUCUAUUGAUCUCUUGGCAUCUCUCCUCUCUCAAAUGUACAAUAUCUCCUUCUCAACUGCCAUUGUGCCUGAUAAGCUUAAAAUCAGCAAAGUAAUUCCCAUGUUCAAAAGUGAAGACAGCAUUAACUUCACUAAUUAUAGGCCUAUCUCAAUCUUACCUUGCUUCUCUAAAAUCCUUGAGAGUGCCAUGCACCGUCGUCUAAUGGACUAUCUCACUAAACAAGGUGAACUCUCUGACCUACGCCAUACAAGCCUCUGGCUUUGGCAUCUUAUUAUCGUUAACUUGUGCUUUGUGUACUUAUUUAUCAAUAAAAAAUAUUAUAUUAUUAUUAUCCUACAACUCUAAUUUCCCGGAUUCCGGUUUCCACAAGCAAAAAGGUUUCCGAUUUCGGAAUCUGGAUUCCGUUAUAUGGUUAGCAGACUGAGUCUCGUGUCCAGCUCCUUUGACCGUCCAAGGGCCCUUAUCCGCGUCGCCAAUCGAAAUAAGUUGACGUAGACAGCUUUGCAGGCCCUUUUUUCCGUUACAAGGAACCUUGCAGACUACUUAUGCUGUUUAAGAAGAUUAUAUCUGAUUCUAUUAAAUAAAAAGCAAUUAUUGUAUGUGUUUCUUUUUAUCUCUUUUAUAUUACGUAAUUGACAACCAAACCAACAGCCCUGUCUCUUUGUAGAUUGCUUCCAAAAUGACUGCGGCGACAUCAGUACAAAUAAAUGGACACUUGAAGCGACUAAAAGAUGCAAAAUCUGGAGCUGAAAGUGAAAAGCAAGCCUACGUUAAGGUAUCCGGAGUAUACUUACCCCCGGGGUACUGUUAUGUAAGGGUAGUCCCUCCAUCAAGGUUGGCUUGACCGCGUAAGUCAGUGCAAUCUGAGUUCGAAAAAGAAUUUAGAGGAUCUUGGUGCCUAGAGAGAUUGACCAGCACCCAUAGAAACCUCUUAUUUCAUUGGCCCCUAUAACCUCCACGACCUAUUUUUUUCAUGGACAGGCGCAUCGUUGUGUCACCAUCCCUAUUGUUUUCCCAACCAAUCACAAACCUUGUUUGGAAUAGGUGCAGGUCGGUCUGUCUAGAGUGGGUACCAUUUAGCUGAACAUGUGUUUUCGUUUGCAAUUUUAGAGUGCUCUCGAUUGAGAAACUUCUGCAGUGAUAUUUGACGACAUUCCAACUUUUCUGAAGCUCUUUGUAUCUAAAAAAUUUGCGAGGCUUAAUAAUUACUCUAUACUGGGUUUACUAAAGAAUAUUCACUUUCUUUUAAACAGAGUAUUCAGCAUUGCAGGAGCAGAUGAAUGGUAUACUUACGAAUAUCGCCAAUCUGUCACCCCAGAUUUAUGCAAGAUCGAGGUUUCAAGUAGACGACUUUCUCGCAGUACUUCAGGGGAUAGCAGGAUUUGCCUCAGGGAUCGCUUCCAGAGAUCCAUUCACGGUUAUUGAUUCUGUUAUAGGUCUCGCAGGAGCAACAUAUUCAUUGGUAGAAAACACGUGCUUUCAGUCUCUUCAGUUGUAUAUGGGAAGCGUCAAACGAUGGCUGACUUUCGGGCAGCAUUACAAACCUUUGGCUGAUUCAAGUGAUUUGGAUUUUGAUCAACUCGAUGUUAGUUCCGUUCCUCAGAUCAUGCAGGUAUGCUAAAAUAAAAAAAAUAAAAAAACCACUGCUUCGGUAGAUUAAAAAUGAUGUCGUUUUGUGUUGGAUUUGGCAUUCUAUUGCAACUUUUCGUUUUUGGCUGAAAAAUUCAUGGCCCUUUUAUUUCAACCAAUCAGAAGUAAAACCAAGACCAAUCUGUAGAUCUGCGCAUGCGCACACCUUUACCGGCGCUUUUAGCUCGCUCUGCAUUCAUAGAUAGUCAUAGUUUUUGCUUCAAAAUCCAAUUAGUUCUUGUAUUAUUUACUAAAAACUUUGGGGUAUUGUUUUCUAUUCGUGUAAUGACCUUGCAGAUCUGUAUACAGUAUUAAUGGCAGUUCGUUUUCUUCAACUGUAGGCCAAUCUUGAUAUUAACAAAGAAAAAUUCGCCGCCGAGUUAGUCUGCCUGUUGGACGUGGCUUCCGACCCAAAAGAAGUAGCAGUCUUCACGCAGCACUUAGAGUCGUUUUUCAUUUUGGCAUCAGCCCGUAUUGACCUGAUAGCAGAGGUUAUGACCCUUGACGGCGAUAUUGGUGGAUGUGAAUUUGAUAUUUCCCUCACUGAGCAGACCGAAAAGGCGCUUAAAGAGGCCACUGAAACACCAGGUAAAGUA